AUGUCCCGCUCUCCCUCGCCCACACCAUCCGAGCAGCGCCGCAAGGACGCGGAGCAGAAAGCACGGGAAGAGGAAGAACAAUCAAAGCUACCAUACAAAUGGACGCAGACACUAGAGGAGGCCGACGUCAUCAUCCCCAUACCCGGCAACUUGAAAGCACGCGAUCUGAUUGUCGAACUCAAGAAGACGCAUCUCAAGGUCGCUAUCAAGGGACAAGAACCCAUCAUUGAUGGCGAUUUCCCAUUCCCAAUCCUCACCGACGACUCGACGUGGAUAAUCUCGACGAACGACGCCGACGGGACCAAAUCCAUCAACAUCAACCUGGCGAAAUCGCGCGGCACGAACUGGUGGGCGCACAUCGUGACGUCGGCGCCCAAGAUCGACGUGACCAAGAUCCAGCCCGAGAACUCCAAGCUGUCGGAACUCGACGGCGAGACCCGCGGCAUGGUCGAGAAGAUGAUGUACGACCAGGAGAUGAAGAGGCAGGGGAAGCCCAGCAGUGAUGAGCAGCAGAAGCAGGAUUUGCUCAAGAAGUUCAUGAAAGAGCAUCCGGAGAUGGAUUUUAGUGGGGCGAAGAUCGGUUGA